GCAUCUCUCCACUCUCACGUCUUCAUAACAAACCUCCACAGCAGAGAGCCUCACCUACCUUACCUAUAUAUCUUUUAAUCACUUAUUGGGCGUUGUGUGAGAUAACUGGAGCUAAUUUACCCAGAAGAUGUGAAGCAUUAUGGCCACGACAGUGUAAUUUGAUCUCAGGAAGUUGUGAGUGAAGGAAGGGGAAGAAGACAGUCAAGAUGAGUAACAUUAAGAUGACUCAGUUUGUGGUGGGGCUCAAGUCUCGGCAGGAGGAGACGAGGGUGAAGGCCGCCUGUGACCUCCAGCGCUACGUUACCACCGAGCUGAGAGAGGUGUCCUUGGAUGAGCUGGUGUCUUUCCUGGAUGAGUUCAACCACCACAUCUUCGAGAUGGUCUCCUCCAACGACAUCAACGAGAAGAAAGGCGGCAUUUACGCGAUAAUGAGCCUGGUGGACGUCGACAUCGGCCAGACUGGACUACGCAUCAGCCGCUUUGCUAACUACCUGAAGAACCUCGUGAACAGCCCAGAUACGGGAGUGAUGGAACUGACCGCAAAAGCCGUUGGCCGCCUUGCUCUAGCCUCUGGAACGUUUACGGCAGAAUACGUCGAAGAUCUGGUCAAGAGGUCGUUCGAGUGGCUGCAGGCGGAUCGCAAUGAGGGAAGAAGACACGCAGCGGUAUUGGUGCUCCGGGAAUUAGCACUGUCGGUACCUACCUACUUCUUCCAGCAAGUUCAGCAGUUCCUGGAUGUCAUUUUUCACGCAGUACGAGACCCCAAGCCAGCCAUCAGAGAAAAUGCUGUGGCAGCGCUACGGGUGGCCCUCACCAUCACCACACAGAGAGAGACUAAAGAAAUGCAACAAACAAUGUGGUAUAAGCAGUGUUUAACCGAGGUCUGGGCAGGCUUUGAGGACUCUGGCAAUAACAAAGAUCGCAGCCUCACUCGAGAUGACCGAAUCCACGGCUCCCUGUUGGUCUUGAACGAACUACUCCGCUGCAGCAACAACGAAUGGGAGAGACUCGUCAAACAGCUGCGGCACCUCACUCACUACCAAACGCCUGCUCCGAAAAAAGACGGCGUGUCAUCUGUAGUGAGGCGUCUUCGUGGUCAGGGGUCGCUGCCCUCGUCAUCUCACACACCCCAUGAUCUUCUCUCCACCCUGCCCUCACAUUCUAACACAACCAUAGGAGGAACAGAAACUACCAUUCUGGACCAUCCGUGUGAAAGUCGAACGUGUCGAGAGCUCAUCCUUGAGAAGUAUGAUGACAUCAGUACCCAAGUCCUGAACCAGAGGAACAGUAGGAACACCAUCAUUCAGAGUGCCCUCCUACAGAUCCUGCCUCGACUGGCUGCACUUAACAAGGAAAAGUUUUCACAGAAUUACCUCUCUGGGACGAUGACCUACCUGCUGGGGUGCCUGAGGGGCCGAGACAAGGAGCGUCCCGCGGCCUUCGUCACUCUGGGCCUCCUGGCGGUGGCUGUAGGUCCUGCCAUCAAGAAGUACUUACCAAAGAUCAUGGAAGUCAUCAAGGCAUCGCUUCCCACUAAGGAUACACCAAGUAAGAAGCGCGUGGUAGAGCCGGCCGUGUAUGUCUGUGUGAGCCUGGUGGCGCGGGGGGUGGAGGGAGCCGUGCGCAACGAUGUGAAAGAACUUCUUGAACCCAUGAUGGCGACGGGUUUGUCUCCUCCCUUGACCCUCGCUCUUCAGGAACUGGCCACGGAAAUUCCUCAACUCAAGCGAGAUAUUGCCGAGGGACUGCUGAGGAUGUUGUCUCAGGUCUUGAUGCAUCGGUCUGCCCCACACCGACACGGUGCCCCUCCACUCCCGCCAUCGCCCGAUCACCACGACACAGCCAGUAUUGUCCUGGCUCUCAGGACUCUCGGCUCAUUUGACUUUGAGGGCACAGGACAAUCACUGAUGCAGUUUGUGAGGCACGUGGCUGACCAUUACCUGAGCAGUGAACACCGGGAAGUUCGUUUGGAGGGAGUGCGGACCUGCUGUCACCUCCUGAGACCAACCUUUGCUUCUCUCGGUCGACGCAAUUCACAGAGUCGGAAUCACAUCAUCUUCAAUAUUGUCAGCAAAGUUCUAUGGGUCUGUGUUACUGAUAUGGAUCCUGAUGUGCGUCUGUGUGUCUUGGCGUCUCUGGAUGAGAGUUUUGACAGUCAUCUCGCUCAACCAGAAAACCUCAACGCUCUCAUAUAUGCUCUUAGUGAUGAAGUCUUUGAGAUACGAGAACAUGCCAUAUCCAUACUCGGCCGCUUGUCUGCUAUUAACCCAGCCUAUGUCCACCCUCUGCUAAGGAAAGCAUUACUUAAGAUUCUCGACGAACUGGACUACAGUGGGAUAGGACGCAACAGAGAGCUGAGCGCACACAUGUUGGGCCACCUGAUAGGCAACGCUCCCAGGUUCAUGCGGCAGUUUGUUCAGGCCAUCAUGUCCGUGUUGGUCCCUAAGUUGAAGGACCAGGAUCCCAACCCUGCCGUCACCAUGUGUGUCCUCAUGGCUAUCGGGGAUCUGGCUCAGGUGAGUGGAGGAGAGAUGCAGAAGUGGUUGAUAGAGCUCAUGCCCCUGUUGCUGGAGAUGCUUGGCGAUGGCACGUCUGGGUGGAAGAGGAGGGUGGCCCUGUGGACCCUUGGCCAGCUGGUGGAGAACACGGGCUACGUGGUCCACCCUUACACCCAGCACCCCACCCUCCUGGACGUGUUGCUCUCCUUCCUCAAGACUGAACAACAACCGGCUGUUAGACGGGAGACCAUCCGGGUGUUGGGUCUGCUGGGAGCGCUGGACCCUUACAAACAUAAGAUGAAUGUCGGGAUGAUCAAGAUUCAGGAAGACACAGGAGUGGCGGUCAUCUCCAUCACUGAGGCCAAGAAUGACGAUCUCACUGCUGAUUUAGGGACGAGUGAGAUGCUGGUGAACCUCAACUACUCGUCCCUGGAGGAGUUCUACCCAGCCUGUGCCAUUGCCAUGCUCCUCAAGGUGAUCAAAGACCCAGCUCUGGCCCAACACCACAAUGAGGUCGUCCGGGCCAUCACAUUCAUCUUCAAGUCACUGGGUGUGAAGGGAGUCCCAUACCUGGCUCAAGUGAUCCCUUCUCUCCUCAUUGUUAUCAGAACGUCAGAUGCCAAUUUCAGGGACUAUCUGUUUCAACAACUGGCUAUGCUUAUUGGCAUUGUUAAGCAGCACAUUUGGAACUACUUGUAUGACAUCAUCGAGGUCUUAAAGGAGUUCUGGGUGACGGGUGGUAAGCUGGAGACGACCAUCACGAUCAUCACUGUGGUGGAGAGCAUUGCCAUGGCUGUGGGGUCAGAGUUCAAGAUAUACUUAAAGGAACUUAUACCCAUGAUACUGAAGUCUUGUAUCAAUGACUCUAAAGAGAAGCAAGUGACUGCAAAGUUGCUUUUAGCAUUCCAGAAGUUUGGUGCCACCCUUGAGGAGUUCCUACACAUGAUUCUCCCUCAUAUUGUUAAACUAUUUGAUGCCCAAGAUGUGCCUCUGUCUGUUCGUCGCAGCGCUCUGGAAACUGUGGACCAUUUUGCCGAUUAUCUCGACCUGUCUGACUACACCUCCACGAUUAUUCACCCAUUGCUGCAAACUCUCGACACAAGCCCAGAAUUACGUCUCAAAGCUAUGGAUGUGCUGUGUGCCCUCGCGACUCAGCUAGGCCGGACAUAUGAGUGCUUCAUACCGGUCGUGCACCGCAUCACAACCAAACACAAGAUCAAUCACCCUAGAUAUGACAUUCUCGUUGCUAAGGUGGUGAGGGGGCUGACAAUAUCCGAGGAUGAGAUGACCAUCCUACUUGCCCAUCAGCGCUCCAGGUGGCCAAAGACCAGGGAUGACCACCUGGAGGCAGACUCGGCCACCAUCAAAAAGGUCACAGUUGGUGUACAGGCUCUCCAGCGAGCGUGGCUCUUCACCCGACUGGUCAGCAAGGAUGACUGGCUGGAAUGGCUCAGACGCUUCAGCAUUGAAUUGAUGAAGGCGUCACCGUCCCCAGCACUAAGAUCGUGUUAUUCUGUGGCCUCAACGUACGUGCAGCUGUCACGUGACCUGUUCAACGCAGCCUUUGUAUCGUGCUGGAGUGAGCUGAACGAGAGUCUCCAGGACGACCUCUUACAGUCUCUCCGUCAGGCGCUCACCUCCCAGGAUAUACCCGAGAUUACCCAGACCCUCCUCAACCUGGCGGAGUUUAUGGAACAUUGUGAUAAAGGUCCUUUGCCUCUAGAACUUACACUGCUGGGCCAGAAGGCUAUGGAGUGUCGUGCCUAUGCGAAAGCCCUGCACUAUAAGGAGGAAGAGUUCCACAAGGGCCCCACGUCUGAGGUUUUGGAGCAUCUUAUCUCCAUCAAUAACAAGUUGGGCCAGAAAGAAGCUGCUGCAGGUCUCUUGGAGUACGCCCGUAAGAACAACCGCACGGAUAUGAAGGUUCAGGAGCGCUGGCAUGAGAAGCUGCACGACUGGGACCAGGCACUUCAAGCAUACCAGACUAAGUUAGAGACAAGACCUGACGACCUCGAUUUAGUUCUUGGACAGAUGAGGUGUCUGGAAGCUCUUGGGGAAUGGGGAGAGCUGUACACUGUGGCCUGUGAUCGAUGGGGAGGCUCCAUGCCAAAUGAGUUCCGCGGUCAAAUGUCACGUGUGGCGGCAGCAUCAGCUUGGGCGAUGGGUGAGUGGACCAUGAUGGAGGACUACGCCAAGUUCAUCCCUCGAGACACACAGGAGGGGGCCUUCUACCGUGCUGUUCUUGCCGUGCACAAAGACCAGUAUCAUGUGGCACAGCAGUUAAUCGACUCUGCCCGAGACCUGUUGGACACAGAGCUGACAGCCAUGGUGGGGGAGAGUUACCAGCGAGCGUACAAUGCCAUGGUGGCCGUGCAGAUGCUGGCGGAGCUGGAAGAGGUUAUACAGUACAAGUUAGUGCCUGAGAGGAAACAACCCAUCACCCAGAUCUGGUGGGAAAGACUGCAGGGUUGUCAACGUGUCGUGGAAGAUUGGCAGAAAAUACUCCAAGUGCGCUCCCUGGUUGUCAGCCCCCAGGAAGACAUGAGGCCUUGGCUGAAGUUUGCCUCUCUCUGUCGCAAAUCAGGUCGCCUUGCACUGUCUCACAAAACUCUGGUGCGACUCCUAGGGUGUGAUCCGUCCACUAAUCCCACUCAAACACUUCCAGCCACCCAUCCGCAUGUGACUUACCAGUACUGCAAACACAUCUACACGUAUCACAAUAGGCGCCAGGAGGCUUAUGGUCGGUUGCAGAAAUUCCUGCAAUACUUGGCACCAGCCGUUGUUGUUGGUCAGAAUGGAGACAAUAAUAAGCUGCGCAAGUUGGUAUCAAGGGUCUACCUCAAGCUGGGUGAAUGGUAUGAACAACUUCAUGGCCUUAAUGAGGAGAACAUCAGUCAGAUCCUCAGCUACUACACUCUGGCCAAGGAAACAGACGAGUCCUGUUACAAGGCCUGGCAUGCUUACGCUUACAUGAAUUUCGAGGCCAUACUUUUCUACAAGAACAAGAAUGACUUAAUUGUGAAGUCAGACAGCAGUGGGGAGGAAUCAGGCACUCCUAGUAAGAAGAAGAAAUCAGCUGGAGACUUCACCGUGGCAGCAGUGAAAGGUUUCAUUCGAUCUAUAUCACUGAGUGACGGCAACAGCCUCCAGGACACACUGCGACUUCUCACCGUCUGGUUUGAGCACGGUCAUCAGCCUGGAGUCUAUGAGGCUUUGGUUGAUGGCCUCAAGACUAUCCAGAUCGACACUUGGCUGCAGGUUAUACCACAGUUAAUCGCAAGGAUUGACACACCUCGUACACUGGUAGGGAAGCUGAUCCACCAGUUGUUGAUGGACAUUGGCAAGCACCACCCCCAGGCUCUCAUAUAUCCCCUGACUGUAGCGGCCAAGUCAUCUGUGGCAGCGCGGUCACAGGCUGCUGAGAAAAUCCUAAAAAACAUGAGGGAACAUUCUGCCAAUUUAGUUCAGCAGGCCAUGAUGGUAUCAGAAGAGCUUAUCCGUGUAGCAAUUUUGUGGCAUGAAAUUUGGCACGAAGGUCUAGAGGAGGCCAGUCGACUAUACUUUGGAGAGAGGAAUGAAUCGGGCAUGUUCCGUACCUUGGAGCCUCUUCAUGCCAUGAUGGAGCGAGGACCACAGACACUGAAGGAGAUGUCCUUUAACCAGGCCUAUGGUAGAGACCUACACGAAGCACAAGAAUGGUGUCGUCGAUACCAGAGGUCAGGAAAUGUACGCGAGCUGAACCAAGCAUGGGACCUCUACUACCAUGUGUUCCGUCGCAUCUCUCGCCAGCUUCCCCAACUUACGUCACUAGAGCUACAGUCCGUCUCGCCGAGGCUUCUCAAGUGUCGGGAUCUUGACAUCGCUGUUCCCGGGUCUUAUGCUCCUAACAAUCCCGUUAUAUGUAUUAGCCAAGCUCAGUCAUCACUGCAGGUUUUGUCUUCUAAACAACGUCCUCGUAAACUUUGUAUCAGAGGAAGUAACGGCCGAGACUUUGUCUUUUUGUUGAAGGGACACGAGGACCUUCGACAAGAUGAAAGAGUUAUGCAGCUCUUUGGGUUGGUGAAUACGUUGCUCAUCAGCAAUCCCGAUACUUUUCGUCGCAACCUGACCAUUCAGCGCUUUGCCGUUAUUCCGCUGUCCACCAACUCUGGACUCAUUGGCUGGGUGCCACAUUGCGACACUCUACAUGCUCUCAUAAGAGACUGGCGGGAAAAGAAGAAGAUUCUCUUGAAUAUUGAGCACAGAAUAAUGAUGCGCAUGGCUCAAGAUCUGGAGCAUCUGACCCUCAUGCAGAAAGUUGAAGUGUUUGAACACGCUCUGGAGCACACCCAGGGGGAUGAUCUUGCCCGGCUUCUGUGGUUCAAGAGUCCAUCCUCAGAAGUGUGGUUUGAUCGUCGCACAAACUAUACUCGUUCCUUAGCUGUUAUGUCAAUGGUAGGGUACGUGCUGGGUUUGGGUGACCGUCAUCCAUCCAACUUGAUGUUGGAUCAGUUGUCAGGCAAGAUCAUUCAUAUUGAUUUUGGUGACUGCUUUGAGGUUGCCAUGACACGUGAAAAGUUCCCUGAAAAAAUACCCUUCCGUCUGACCCGGAUGCUCAUCAAUGCCAUGGAGGUGACGGGCAUUGAUGGUACCUACCGAAUGACAUGCGAAUCAGUCAUGAGUUUAAUCCGUAGAAACAAGGACUCUCUAAUGGCCAUGCUGGAAGCCUUUGUUCAUGAUCCGUUGCUCAACUGGCGUUUGAUGGAUCAUGCACAGCCAAAAAGUAAACGUUCAGUGGUUGGUGAUAGUGAAAGUGCCGGUAGUGCCGUUAGUGCAACAGACACUGUCCACACACCAAUAAUGGAGGCCACACCUAUAUCAUCAGCAAUUCAUGCCGGUUCCCAGACUAAGAAACUGGAAUUAGGGCGAGAUGAUUCCGGUGCUUCGGAGGCUCUUAAUAAGAAAGCGGUGGCCAUUGUUAAUAGGGUCCGUGACAAACUUACCGGGCGAGACUUUUGCCACGACGAGCCACUGGAUGUGCACAGACAGGUUGAACUGCUUAUUGCACAGGCCACCUCUCACGAGAACCUGUGCCAGUGUUACAUAGGUUGGUGUCCUUUCUGGUGAAUAUCUCAGAGUUAUUUUGUUAUCUUAGUUAUAACUCAAGUGUUCGGGAGUCUUCUUUAUCUAAGCAGCAUCACUUUCUCUCUUUUUCCUCCUCUUCCCUAUUUUGUACAUUAGGUGUUUAUGGGAAAUAAUUGUAUAUUAAAAUUUAAAGGGCUUAAUAUGUUAUGCAGCUUAUAAAUUUUUUCCCUUGGUUGAGUAAAACACCUUAUGCUGGUAUGUGCAGCAAUGGGUCCACCUUCCUAGAUUGAAGAGAAGUUUGCCAUGUAAGGGUAUGGAAAUAUCCUGCCUGUCGCAAUUGGUAAUGGCAAAAUCCUCACACUUUCCAGCUAGAAUGAAGGUAUGCAAUAAUGAAUAUAUUGACUUUAAAGUUACUAAUGUGGCCAAAAAUAAUUGUUGUUGGUGAUGUUCUGUUAUUACAGUACUCUGAACUGUAUAAUAUUGUGUGACAGAUUGUUCAGCAAUGUGUUGGGUAUGUUUCAUUUAAAUUGUGCUGACUCGUGAAAUUUUAAUUCUUUUCAUAUGCGAUGAGUUUUAUUUGAUGGUACUGUAUAAUGAAUAGAGAACUGUACAUGUGAGCUAACCAGGAACACAAUGUGACUACUCUUAACAGGUCUUCCAAAAUAACUUGAAUGUAUAUUGUUGGGAAUAUUUACAAGAAUUGUUUUUAGGAAUGAAUAGUUACGGAAAAAUGCAGAAGCUGAUGUAACUGUUAUUGAGCCAUGUCGAGUGAGAUUUCUCAACACAAGUGGUGAGAUCAAAGAAGUAGUGCUGUAUUAUGUGGUGAUAUGAGACCAUGAAAUGAGUUAUACCAUCUGGAAAGGCAUGGCUGGUGAGAAGGGACGGCCAGUAGUGAGAACACACCAGGUGGUUUGUCCAAGAGGUGCCAGGAGUUCGGCUUGGAAGACCCGUGCACACUUUUAGUUUAGUUAUUUAUUCCCAGUAAUUGAUGUGUUUGUGAUUUAAAAGUCGCUCUCGGUGAAGUUUUUGUCAUUACUUAUAUACUGUAGCUGUAAUUAGAAACUAAAUCAUUGCUUAUUUGAGGGUAUUGAGGGUGCCUUUUCUCAGCUGGUGUUAAUUACUGUGGCAUGUUGCAUACUCCCAGCUGGUGUUAUAUUACACCUGUUACUUGGCUGCUCUGGCAAAGGAUGAUGAGACACAUUCAUCUACAGAUAAUAUUAUUUUUUAACCUUUGUUAGUAAGCCUUAAAGUGGUAAGUUAAUCUUCUUAAUUUUAUAAUUGAUGCAGUGAAUCAGGUGACUUGUGCACUGCAUCACCGGACUUGCAGGAACCCUCCAAUUGCAUGACUGGGCUAUACUACCAUACUUCAGAAUUCCAGAAAAGUUACUCACAGCUCUCAGUAGUGUCAUUUCCUAUUUAUUGGGGCUUUGGUUGAGCCAGGGGAGAUCCUAUUCCAAGUUUUUGAGUUUUGCUGGACUUCUGGAGUCAAGCCCAGUUUCUCAAAUGGAGGGCUUCUGGAAAUCCUUGAGUGAAGCCUCUGAGUUGUUCAGUCAGUACUCAAGUUGCAUGUCUUAAGCUGGUCAUAAAAUGUGAUUUCAGGAUCAAUUCCUUAUUUUUGUGAUAUAUUUAUCAGUUAAAAUGUAAGUGAACCCUGUGUGUUGUGUUGUACAAAAUUUUCAUCUGAAGUACAAUUUGGAAAUUAAAAUUUACAUGAAAAUGAAAAGUGAAAAAAAUGUAAUUUAAUUAAGAAAGUGCCAGUUUCUGCUCAUAUUACAUAGUGUGUUAUGAGUGUUUGUAUUUUGUUAUACAAAACAGCAAGACUUGAACAUGUUCUGUUAUGUAGUUUUGUUUUGUAUGCUAAAUAGACAUGCUGAUGACAUGA